AAGUGCGAAUCUAGCGUGCAUGUGAAUUGUAAGAAGCAGUUUGUAAACAAUCCCUUUUUAGCCUAAUUUAACGGAAUGUGUACUAUUUGGUUUACGUGUUUUAUAGGGAAUGCUUGUUAUUAUUAGCAAGUAGCUUUAUGUUUUAACAGGCGACAAUGGAAUAGACUUUAAUAAGGAGUUUUAUCUUUGACAUCAACUGUGCGUGCUUUACUAACAAGUUCAUACAACAUGAAUAAAAGUGCCUGAUUUUAAUAUUAUAAUGGACUGUGGGAAUAUCAUGGACUUGUUUAAUAUAGGACGACCAGUCAGGGUCUGUGCCCCGAUGGUUCGCUACUCAAAGUUGCCUUUCAGAUGUUUGGUAAGGAAAUAUGACUGUGAUAUGUGCUUCACUCCCAUGAUCAUUGCUGCUGACUUCAUGCGUUCUACAAAAGCCAGAGACAGUGAAUUCACCACCAACAAGUCUGAUCGACCCUUGAUUGUCCAGUUUGCUGCCAGGGAUGCACAGACACUGGCAGAUGCAGCGUGCGUUGUCUCCCCUUUUUCAGAUGGGGUGGAUCUGAACUGUGGCUGUCCGCAAAGGUGGGCAAUGUCUGAAGGCUACGGGGCGUGUCUGAUCAACAAACCCGAGCUCGUGAGAGACAUGGUGAGACACGUUCGAAACCAAAUAGACAAUCCCAACUAUGCGGUGUCCAUUAAAAUUAGAAUUAAUAAAGAUUUGAGGAAGACAGUGGACCUCUGUCAGAAGGUGGAGGCAGCAGGGGUUUCCUGGAUUACAGUCCACGGUCGUACAGCUGACGAGAGGCACCAGCCGGUUCACUACGAUGCCAUUAAGACGGUCAAGGACAGCCUCUCCAUCCCAGUCAUUGCCAAUGGUGACAUCAAGAGCAUGCAGAAUGUGGAAACCACCUGUGACCAUACAGGGGUGGAUGGCGUGAUGGUCGCUCGUGGACUGCUGGCCAAUCCUGGCAUGUUUGCAGGGUACGAGGAGACCCCGCUGCAGUGUGUGUGGGACUGGGUGAACAUCGCUAUAGAACAUGGGACCCCCUUCACCUGUUUCCACCAUCACUUAAUUUACAUGCUAGAACGCAUCAUGUCUCAGCCCGAGCGGAGGGUGUUCAAUAACCUGUCCAGCACUGCUGCAGUCAUUGACUACCUUCAGAAUACUUAUGGCUCCUCAUAGUAUUUUUAAUGAAUGCAUUAUAUUUUUAAAUCUGUAAUAAAAUCAUAAAUGACAACCAUCUUUAUAUUUGCCUGAAAACAGACCUGUUUUAUGCUCAAUGAGGGAUUUUAGAAUUUGAAUAAAUUAUUUACCUUGUCAAGACCAAUUGGAUCAACAUAAAUUACACACAGUCAUACCUCAAAUGUGAAUUUUGAAGCAACUGUAUGUUUUUUUAAAAAGUGUAAUUCAAUACGGCUUAAAAAUGAAUGGUUGUGGUAUGAAAGUAUUGUGGAACAAAACGUCCGUGUAUCAUCAAGUAAUGUUUACCACAGACCUUAUUUUACUCUAGUUCAAAACCCCAUUAUAAAACCCAAAGGAAAAGCCCCAUGGUGAAUGAGACUUUUUCACAUUUGAACAGCUCUAUUCACACAGCACUACAGGUCCUCUAACUUAUUUAAAUAUAUAUAUAUAUAUUUAUUUUGGGAUUUUUUAUUUAUUUGAAUGAGUAAUUGAUACUUUAAAAAUCUUUUAAAUCUAUGUUUAGCAUUUUCUAUUUUAUUUAACUGGAGUUUGACACUGAAAUAAGUAGCUAUUUAUUUAUUUUUAUUUAAUUUUUGU